AUGAGCAGAAAGCAAAGGAUUUGUCCGUACAGGAUGAUUCCCAAAUGGCCUUUUUGUGACUUGGAAAAUGUGAAUCAUGCAAAUAUGGAACGAACCUUUCCGCUUCCAGCUGAUGCUUCUUAUUCUAAAAUUUGGAAUGAAUAUAUUGUCAAGUUGAGUGGGGUACUUUGUUCUUUCAUCGUUCCUCCUGAAAAUGAUAAACCUCACCAUGUCCAAGCAAACACUGGUCGAAUUGGAAUGCCAAUUUCUGCAGCAUAUGUUGAACUUUCAAUUAAGUGGCUUGUGGGGGUUCUUCGUACAGUCUUUCCAUGCAUCAGGGCUUGCUCGAAUCAAAAGGAGUUGCCUAACCAUUUAUGGGUCUUUGCCAAUGUUCUACAGCACUGUGUUCUUGACGCCUUUAAGAAGGUUCUUGUUUCAUCACCUGUAUCACUUGAAGCAUUCAGGGAAGAGGGGAUAUGGGACCUUAUCUUCUCUGAGAAUUUUUUCUAUUUCGGACCAGAAUCAGAAGAAAUGGCUGGAGAGUGUUGCAGUUACAAUCAAGGGUUCCCAGGACAGCAUGGCAGAAACUUGCCCUCUAGUAGCAUCACCAAUCAAACAAAGAUUAGUAGUUUUGAAAUCCUUCAGAUGGAGGUGAUUUCAUUUGUGGAAUUUGCAGCAACUUGCAAUGGAAUUGUGGAUAACGUGCCUGAGGUGUCUGUUUUAUUGGAUGCCUUUGAACAAUGUGCAUGUCAUCCUGACAUUGCCAUUGUUCUCGCAAAGAGUCUACUACAUAUAUUGCAGCUUUCGCCUGAGAAAACUAUCGACUCCUUCAAGUCUCUAAAUGCAGUUUCUCGGGUCCUCCAAGUUGCAUGUAUCCAAUCUGAAGAGUUUCGAAGGUCUGGAAAUAUAAGCCCUUCUCUUGAGAGUAAAUUAGCACCACUUUGUAGCGAUCAGAGACCUGAUUCAGAAAAGAUGGCCCAGAGUUGGUUUGCAUGCAUGGAUACAUGCAUGAUGCUCUUCACAAUUUUUUUUUCAAUAGCAGAUGAUGCAGGGAGUUUGGUUUUGUGUGAUUGGACUUGCAUCGAUUGUUUGUUUGAUCUAUUUUGGGAAGAAAGCAUGAGAAAUCGUGUGUUUGAGCACAUCCUUGACCUCAUGAAGGUGCUUCAUCGUACUUCAUGUUUGCUUGACAGUUUCUUUGUUGUCACUGUCAAGGCAACUGAACUUAACCUUUUUCCAUCUUGUCAGAUAGUUCCAUCAUCUUUGGAAGCUCAAAAGGCAAAGUUGCAUCUGUGUUCAAAGUAUUUAGAGACGUUCACUCAAAUAAAGGAAAGGGAGACAAGUUUUGCAGAGCUGUCUAUUGAUCUAUUGGUUGGCAUGAGAGAGAUGCUCAUGACUGAUCCUGCUGCCUUGUUUCGUGAUGGCGAAUGCUUUUUGCAUGUUGUCUCAUUACUAAAUGGUAAUCUUGAUGAGGUGAAUGGAGAGAAGUUAGUUCUAAAUGUCCUUCAGACUCUGACCUGCCUCCUUGAAAAUAAUGAUGACUCAAAGGCUUCAUUUAGAGCCUUAGUUGGCAAGGGUUAUCAGACAUUGCAAAGUUUGAUAUUGGACUUUUGUCAAUGGCGUCCAAGUGAAGCACUUUUAAAUGCACUGCUUGAUAUGCUUGUCGAUGGAAAGUUUGAUAUAAAAGCAAGCCCUCUUGUAAAGAAUGAGGAUGUGAUCAUACUUUAUCUGAGUGUUCUACAGAAGAGCAGUGACUAUUUGCGGCACUAUGGUCUCAACAUGUUCCAGCAACUGCUCAGGGAUUCCAUUUCCAACCGAGCCUCAUGUGUGAGAGCAGGAAUGCUUAAUUUUCUUCUUGAUUGGUUUUCUCAAGAAGAUAAUGACAGCACCAUUUUGAAAAUUGCGCAAUUGAUUCAAGUCAUUGGUGGGCAUAGCAUAUCUGGGAAAGAUAUCCGUAAAAUCUUUGCUCUCCUCCGUAGUGAGAAAGUUGGGACUCGGCAGCAGUACUGCUCACUAUUGUUGACAACUGUUUUGUCGAUGCUCAAUGAGAAGGGCCCAACUGCUUUUUUUGAUUUCAAUGGGAAUGAUUCUAAUGAAGAAGAGAGUUCUUUGGACUCCAUUCAAGAUUUCUUCUCUUUUCAUGGUCAGAUUGGCCCUGUCUACUUGUUUGGUGAUGCCAUUUCUCCUGAGCAAGUCCAGGGUAUCUAUUCCUUAGGACCAAGCUAUAUGUACUCGUUCCUUGAUAAUGAAGCGACACCUUUUUAUGAUAGUUCAUUGCCCAGUGGAAUUCUUGACGCUAAAGAUGGUCUGGCAUCAAAGAUCAUCUUCGGACUCAAUGCCCAGGCUAGUGAUGGCAGGAAGUUGUCUAAUGUUUCACUGGGAACAGAUCUUGCAUUAGAUAAGAAAUCAUUUGAUGCAACUGCUAUGGCUGGUACACAGUUAUGUUCACGACGCACGUUGCAAGAGAUCAUUUACUGCGUUGGUGGUGUGUCUGUGUUUUUUCCUCUCAUUUCCCAGUCUGAUAGGUAUGACAAUGAAGAAAGUGGAUCCUUUGAACAUACACUGCUUACUCCUAUCACGAAAGAACGCUUGACAGCUGAGGUUAUUGAGCUCAUAGCUUCUGUCUUAGAUGAUAAUUUAGCAAACCAACAACAAAUGCAUCUUCUUUCUGGAUUUUCAAUUCUGGGAUUUUUAUUUCAAUCAGUUCCACCAAAGCAACUCAAUUUGGAGACGCUUUCUGCUUUGAAACAUCUGUUUAAUGUUGCUGCAAACUGUGGUUUAGCAGAGCUGCUUGUUAAAGAUGCUAUAUCUUGCAUCUUUCUUAAUCCUUUCAUCUGGGUCUACACAGCAUACAAGGUGCAGCGAGAGCUUUACAUGUUUCUCAUCCAGCAAUUUGACAAUGAUCCAAGAUUGCUCAAGAGUCUGUGCCAGCUCCCUCGUGUUAUUGAUAUAAUUCGUCAAUUUUAUUGGGAUAACUCAAAAUCUCGAUUUGCUAUUGGAAGCAAGCCACUUCGGCAUCCCAUUACCAAAGUUAUCAUUGGAGAAAGGCCCAAUAGAGAAGAAAUUCGCAAAAUUCGUCUUCUUUUAUUGAGUCUUGGUGAGAUGAGCCUCAGGCAGAGCAUUGCUGCUGCAGACAUAAAGGCUCUCAUAGCCUUUUUUGAAACAAGCCAAGAUAUGACAUGUAUUGAGGAUGUUCUACAUAUGGUCAUUCGUGCUCUUUCUCAAAAACCACUGCUUGUUGCUUUCCUUGACCAAGUCAAUCUCAUUGGUGGUUGCCACAUUUUUGUUAAUCUUCUUCAGAGGGAAUAUGAGCCUAUCAGACUACUCAGCUUGCAGUUUCUGGGAAGACUUUUGGUUGGCUUACCAUCUGAGAGGAAGGUGCCAAGACUCUUCAAUCUUCCUGUUGGGAGAUCUAGAUCUCUUUCAGAAAGCCAGAAGAAAGUCGGUUCAAGAAUGCAGUCAAUAUUCUCAGCAAUUUCUGAUAGGUUGUUCAGAUUUCCACAGACAGAUAAUUUGUGUGCAGCCUUGUUUGAUGUGCUUCUUGGUGGUGCUAGCCCCAAACAGGUGUUACAAAAAUAUAACCAGGUUGACAAGCAGAGAAGCAAAGGAAAUAAUUCUCAUUUUCUCGUUCCUCAAAUCUUGGUUAUCAUUUUCAGAUUCUUGUCUAGCUGUGAGGAUGUAUCUACUAGAACAAAGAUAAUAAGGGAUCUACUUGAUCUGGUUGAUUCAAAUUCUUCCAACGUUGAAGCUCUGAUGGAAUAUGGAUGGAAUGCAUGGUUAACAGCCACUCCAAAACUUAAUUUGUUCAAAGACUGCAUGGUUGGGUCUCAAGACCAAGGUGACAGUGAGAGACUUGAGCAGAAUUUGGCGAGGAGUUUAUUUUGUGUUGUUCUUUGCCACUAUAUGUAUUCGGUGAAAGGUGGCUGGCAACAGUUGGAAGAGACGGUGAAUUUUAUACUCAUGCACUGUGACCGAGGUGGCAUCUCAUGUAGAAAGUUGCUUCAUGAUAUAUUUGAAGACUUGAUUCAAAGGCUGGUAGACUUUUCUUUUGAGGAAAAUAUCUUUGCUGCACAACCUUGUCGGGACAAUACAUUAUAUCUUCUACAGCUGAUGGAUGAGAUGCUUGUUGCUGAAAUUGAUCAUAAUAUUUUGGCAUAUAUUGGUGUAUUUCUGGAUGGAAUGAGUGUUAAGUCAAGAGAAGAACAAUCAAAAAUGGGUUUUUUCACAGCCUUUAAUGGUGACAAGGGAAUUCUUAUGAACAAGAAAGAUGUCACACCUUGGAGCUUUGUAAAUCAAGGCCCUAAAGCCUACUCAUUUGUUGCGUUACCGAUGGAGGUAGCUCUCGAUGGAAUUUUUGAUGAUUUUCCAGUUCUUCAAAUUGCCGCUUCUUUUCACAUUGUCUUAAAUCCAUGGGGUGGCAAGCAUCCAACCACACAUGAAGGUGAAAUAAUCAAUGAUAAGUGGUGGAAUUUAUAUGACAAUUUGUGGAUUAUUAUUAGUGAGAUCAAUGGUAAGGGGCCAAGCAAGAUGGUGCUUAAAUCAUCAGCAGCAGUGGGACCGUCAUUGGGUCAAAGAGCACGUGGCUUAGUAGAAUCAUUGAAUAUUCCUGCAUCAGAAAUGGCUGCGGUUGUUGUAUCUUCUUUGGAAAGAGCAUCUCGGUGUGUUCAACAGGUUAUUGCACUUUUACCUUCUGCUCUGGCUGUCGAUGAUGAGCAAAGUAAGAGCAGGUUGCAGCUUUUCAUCUGGUCUUUACUUGCUGUAAGGUCUGAAUAUGGGGUGUUAGAUGAUGGUGCUCGUUUUCAUGUUAUAUCGCACCUGAUUCGAGAAACAAUCAACUGUGGCAAAUCAAUGCUGGCUACUAGCAUUGUGGGUAGAGAUGACUCUUCUGAUUCUGGAAGUAACUCAAAAGGCACCAGCUCUAUUCACAGUCUAAUCCAAAAGGAUCUAGUGCUUGCAGCAGUUUCUGAGGAGGCAAAAUACAUAAAAUCAUCAAUAUCUGACCGCACCAGGCAGUUGGAGGAGCUCCAUGCUAGGAUGGAUGAGAAUUGCACUGUGGAAACUAAUAACAAGAAAGCAUUUGAAGAUGAGAUACAAAAUAUUUUGAACUCAAUUCUUUCUUCAGAUGACAGUAGAAGAGCUGCAUAUCAGCUUGCGCAUGAGGAGGAGGAGCAAAAUGUUGCAGAGAAGUGGAUGCACAUGUUCCGCACAUUGAUUGAUGAGAGAGGUCCCUGGUCAGCUAAUCCAUUUCCAAAUUGUGUUCUAAAGCAUUGGAAACUUGACAAGACAGAAGAUGCAUGGAGACGUAGACCCAAGUUAAGACAGAACUAUCAUUUUGAUGAGAAGCUAUGUCUUCCUCCAUCAUCCUCUGGCAAUGAGGAUACUCUUCCUGUAAAUGAAAGCAAAACUAGUUUUGUGGGCCAUAUUCCUGAGCAAAUGAAGCAGUUUCUACUGAAAGGAGUGCGCAGGAUAACUGACGAGGGGAGCUCAGAAGCUGGUGAAAAUGAUGCUGAAACCAGCGGGCGAACAACAUCUAUCCCUGAUGAUCCUUCAGAGAGUCAAUGCUUGGAUCUUGUUGGAGACAAUUGUGGACAGAAUGAUAUUCUACAAGACAAAAUAGAUUCUUCUUCCGCUUCACCAGAUACAGAAACUAGUGAGGUUCUCAUGUCUGUUCCAUGUGUACUUGUAACACCAAAAAGAAAACUGGCUGGAAAUUUGGCAAUCAUGAAAAAUGUCUUGCACUUUUUUGGUGAGUUUUUGGUUGAAGGUACUGGAGGAUCAUCUGUGUUCAAAAACUUCCACUCUUCUAUCAAGUCUGAUGCAAACAAGCUUGAACAGAAACAUAAGUCUCUUAAAUGGCCUAUACCUGUCGAUUUAAGUCCUGAGAAGGGGAUUUCUGUUGAUAAUACAGUCUCAGCAAAUGAAAAUGUGCCCCAAAGGCAGUCAAAACAUGUUAGGCGACAUAGAAGAUGGAGUGUUGGCAAGAUAAAGGCUGUCCAUUGGACUCGUUAUCUGCUUAGAUACACUGCAAUAGAGAUUUUCUUUGGUGACUCAGUUGCCCCCGUCUUCUUGAAUUUCACCUCACAGAAGGAUGCAAAAGAAGUUGGAACAUUAAUAGUUACUACCCGAAAUGAAUUCUUGUUUCCAAAAGGAAGUAGUAAGGACAAGAGUGGAGCUAUUUCAUUUGUCGAUAGGCAUGUGGCCUUGGGGAUGGCAGAAAUUGCCAGAGAGAGUUGGAGGAGAAGGGAUAUAACAAACUUUGAAUAUCUGAUGAUUCUCAACACACUUGCAGGAAGAUCUUAUAAUGAUUUAACACAAUAUCCCGUCUUCCCUUGGGUUUUGGCGGAUUAUUCCUCGGAGGAUCUUGACUUUAACAGGGCUUCGACCUUUCGAGAUCUUACCAAACCUAUUGGAGCACUGGAUGUAAAACGUUUUGAGGUGUUUGAAGAUAGGUAUCGUAACUUCUCUGAUCCUGAUAUACCCAGGUAA